AGGCAUAGCAGUAGCACAGUCGUGGUUUAGAGUUCGUUGUCGUUACAUCUCCAUUGUUUUGUAAGAAUAAAAAAGCCUAUUGGGUCAUUUCAAAUAAAAUAAAAUUCAAUAUUAUCUUCAAUCGCUGCUACGGAGUUUUGCUGCAUUUUUACAAUAUUGAAUUGAAAUGAGUUCGGAAAACAAAAAGAGUGAAGUUGAAGUGGAGAAUGUAGCCGCCUCUGAUGAAAAAGCAGAGACCAAGGAAUUAAAAGGAGUCAAACGGCCUACCGAAGAAAAACCAUCAGAAUCGAAAAAAGUAAAGAAAGACGAAAAUGGAGCGGGUGAUGAUGAAGAAGACGUAGAUGAUGAGGGUGAAGAAGUAGAGGGUGAGGAUGAAGAAUACGACCUUCCCUAUGGCGAAGAAGAGGAUAUAGAAGCUGAAGAUGAAGAGGAAGAAGAAGGUGAUGAGGUCGACGGCGAAGAAGAGGAUGAGGAUGCGUAAUGAUGUUAUACUGAGUAAGAGUGAAACUAAGUAACAUAGAAAUAGGUGAUUAAUUAUUUCAAUUUGCAUAAAAUCUGCAAAUAAUAAGUAUAUGCAACGGUGAAGAUUGUAAACAAUGUUUGUGUAUAUAUUUUAAAAACAAAGGAAAUCCUACAAUGGACAGCAUUCAAAAUAAGUUUAAGUUAUCCAGUAAAAUAUAAUUUUAAUUUAUGAUUCAUUUUUGUCUUAUCUCAGUAGUCAGCAGGAGCUUUCACUAAUUAGCGGCUAUUAUCAUUGUUCAAUAAUACACAUGGGAAUGUCGAGGUGCAAGCGUGUUUUUUUUGUAAUUUGGUUACAUUGCCAUAUGUAUUACAGCUAUCUUCAAUCCAAUAAUAUCUUGUAGAUUGUAAACCAAUCACAAGUACGGAAAAGUUCCAUUAUGUAUCGUAAAUAUUAUUACCAACCAUCUAGAAAAUUGAACCCUGCAAAAAUAAAUAAAUUAUUGCAUUCACUA